GAGGGAGGGAGAGAGAGAGACGAAGAGAGAGAGAGAGAGAGAGAGCGAGAGAGAGCGAGAGAGAGAGAGAGAGAGAGAGAGGAAAGCAAGGAGGGAGGGGGGAGGAGAGGAGGACCUGGAGAGCGCCAGGCAGCUGGAGUUUUUGCAGCGCUUGGCCGGGCUUCAAUGCACAGCAGCGGCGAGCCGCGGUGGCAGCAGGCAGCCUGUGAGCUCCGGCGGCGGCGGCCGAGCCAGCGGCAGCCCAGCUCCCUGCCCCCUGCAAACUUUCCUACCAGCUCGCCCGGGGAGCCACGGGGACAGCCCAGAGGACCCGCACCAGUAGCAGCCCCUGGAGCCGCCGCCGCCGCCAGCGCCGCAACCUCAGCAGCCCCAGCAGCAGCAGCAGCAGCUCCAGUGGCGGCAGCAGCAGUAGCGGCAGCAGCAGCAGCAGCAGCAGGAGCAGCAGCAGUAGCAGCAACAGCAGCGGCAGCGGCGGCGGCGGCGGCGGCGGCAGUAGCAGCAGCAGCAGCAGCAGCGGCAGCAACAGCAGUAGCAGCAGCACCCAGUCUCCCUGGGGACCAGCUGCCGAACCCCACGUCCCCUGGCAUUGCCCCCCGAGCCCUCCGGUGGGGACACGAGUGGUGCCUGGCCAGCUGACGCCUGCCUCCGGAGCUGGUGGCCGCGUGGGGGGGCGGGGAGGGUGCCUACGGUGUAGGCAAGAGCCCCGACUGGCUGGGGAGAGCUGCAGUGCCAGGGGAGAGCGCUCCCAGCCCGGCCACCCGGGCACCCGGGGCUGGGGAGCCGCUGGACUUGGGCGAUGGGCGGCGCUCAGUGACGCCGCCGUUGCCCGCUUGGCAUCAAGGACAUCGAGCCCUCCGGGGGGGGGGGGGUGCAGGGGGCAGCCCCCAAUCGUCACUGCAGCCGCUGAGAGCCUCCGCUGUUGCCCGGCUUUGGGGGUGACUGCACGAAAGAGGGGUGCUUGGAAUCGCUUUUCAAUUUUUUGUACAUUUCUCCCCCUCGGACGCUGGAAAAGGAUCUAACCAAGAGCCAAAGGCUUUACGUUAUUCUUGUUUUUUCUUUUCCUUUUUUUUUAACCCCUUCCCUUUGCAUCUGUGGAGUAUUUUUGUUUGGAAUUUGGGAUUGAAGAGGCAUAGAGAGACAUACUCACACGCACAUACAGAGGGAGAGACAAGAGGGAGAGAGGAGAGAGAAAGAGAGAGAGGCAGAGACACACCAUCUGCAGUGUCAAUGCGGCGCUCCCGCUGAAGGAGGGAAAAGCGGCAAUCCCAGGGGAAGACCCAUCCUGGGUCCUGAUCCUUUGAAGUGCCUCUUGGUGUGUGACUAUUCCUGUGGCCAAGAGGACCCAUUUCUGAGAUGAAGGCCAUGCCUUGGAACUGGACUUGUCUGCUCUCCCAUCUCCUGCUGGUGGGGAUGGGUUCUGCAGCCAUUCUCUCCCGGCAGUCCCCAUCCUCAGCCCAGAAGCGUUCUUUUCUCACAUUCACCGCAGAACCCACUGAGGGCUUCAACCACCUUGUGGUGGAUGAGAGGACAGGGCAUAUUUACCUAGGGGCUGUCAACCGUAUAUAUAAGUUGUCCAGUGACUUGAAGGUCCUGGUGACCCAUCAGACAGGGCCUGAUGAGGAUAAUCCCAAGUGCUACCCACCUCGAAUUGUCCAGACCUGCAAUGAACCCCUUACGACAACCAAUAAUAUCAACAAAAUGCUCCUGAUUGACUACAAGGAGAACCGCCUCAUUGCCUGUGGGAGCCUGUACCAGGGCAUCUGUAAGCUACUCAGACUGGAGGACCUCUUCAAACUGGGAGAGCCAUUUCACAAGAAGGAACAUUACCUAUCUGGAGUCAAUGAAAGUGGCUCUGUCUUUGGCGUGAUUGUCUCCUACAACAACCUAGAUGACAAGUUAUUCAUCGCCACGGCAGUGGAUGGGAAGCCAGAGUAUUUUCCUACUAUCUCCAGCCGCAAACUGACCAAGAAUUCGGAAGCCGAUGGCAUGUUCGCUUACGUCUUCCAUGAUGAGUUUGUGGCGUCUAUGAUUAAGAUCCCUUCCGACACCUUCACCAUCAUCCCUGACUUUGACAUCUAUUAUGUCUAUGGCUUCAGCAGCGGCAACUUUGUUUAUUUCCUGACCCUCCAGCCAGAAAUGAUGUCCCCACCAGGCUCCACCACCAAGGAACAAGUUUAUACCUCCAAGCUGGUGAGACUGUGUAAGGAGGACACAGCCUUCAACUCCUAUGUCGAGGUGCCCAUUGGCUGUGAGCACGAUGGGGUAGAGUAUCGCCUGCUGCAAGCCGCCUACCUCUCCAAGGCAGGGGCUUUUCUCGCCAGGACCUUGGGCGUUCAAUCAGAUGAUGAUAUCCUCUUUACGGUGUUCUCCAAGGGCCAGAAGAGGAAAAUGAAGUCACUGGAUGAAUCAGCCCUAUGCAUUUUUGUCCUGAAGCAGAUCAAUGAUCGCAUCAAGGAGAGGCUACAGUCCUGCUACAGGGGGGAGGGCACUCUAGACCUCGCCUGGCUCAAAGUGAAGGAUAUUCCCUGUAGCAGCGCGCUCUUAACCAUUGAUGAUAACUUUUGUGGCCUGGAUAUGAAUGCACCACUUGGCGUUUCAGAGAUGGUACGUGGCAUGCCCAUCUUCACGGAGGACAGGGAUCGGAUGACUUCAGUCAUUGCCUAUGUUUACAAGGAGCACUCACUUGCUUUUGUGGGCACCAAGAGUGGCAAGCUGAAAAAGAUCCGUGUGGAUGGACCCCGGGGGAAUGCCCAGCAAUAUGAAACAGUACAGGUGGUGGAUCCUGGCCCGGUUCUCAGGGACAUGGCCUUCUCCAUGGACCAUGAGCAUCUCUACAUCAUGUCAGAAAGACAGCUUACCAGAGUUCCUGUUGAGUCCUGUAGCCAGUAUCGAAGCUGCAGUGAGUGUCUUGGCUCAGGAGACCCCCACUGUGGUUGGUGUGUGCUUCAUAACACGUGUACCAGGAAGGAGCGGUGUGAGAGAUCCAGGGAGCCUCGACGGUUUGCCUCAGAGAUGAAGCAGUGUGUCCGUUUAACUGUACAUCCUAACAACAUUUCUGUCUCACAGUACAAUGUGCUGCUGGUCUUAGAGACCUAUAAUGUACCAGAACUUUCAGCUGGUGUCAAUUGUACUUUUGAAGAUCUUUCUGAGAUGGAUGGUCUAGUGGUGGGCAACCAGAUCCAGUGUUAUUCCCCUGCAGCUAAGGAAGUGCCUCGUAUCAUCACUGAGAAUGGGGACCACCAUAUUGUCCAGCUACAGCUCAAGUCUAAGGAGACAGGCAUGACCUUUGCCAGCACCAGUUUUGUCUUCUACAACUGCAGUGUACACAAUUCGUGCCUGUCCUGUGUGGAGAGCCCCUACCGCUGCCAUUGGUGCAAAUACCGCCAUGUCUGUACUCAUGAUCCCCAGACCUGCUCCUUCCAGGAGGGUCGAGUGAAGCUUCCUGAGGAUUGCCCUCAGCUGCUGCAAGUGGACAAGAUCCUAGUGCCUGUGGAGGUGAUCAAACCCAUUACCCUGAAGGCCAAGAACUUGCCCCAGCCACAAUCAGGUCAGCGGGGCUAUGAGUGCAUCCUCAACAUCCAAGGCACCGAGCAGAGAGUACCUGCCCUGCGCUUCAACAGCUCCAGUGUACAAUGCCAAAACACCUCUUAUUCCUAUGAAGGCAUGGAAAUCAACAGCCUACCCGUGGAGUUGACUGUCGUGUGGAAUGGGGACUUCAACAUUGACAACCCAGCCCAGAAUAAAGUUCAUCUUUACAAAUGUGGAGCCAUGCGAGAAAGCUGUGGCUUGUGCCUCAAGGCUGACCCAGACUUCGAGUGUGGCUGGUGCCAAGGGCUGGGCCAAUGCACCCUCCGACAACACUGUCCCACCCAGGAAAACAAAUGGCUGGAGUUGUCUAGUACUAAUGGCAAGUGCACCAACCCCCGCAUCAAUGAGAUCAGCCCAUCAACAGGUCCCCGGGAAGGAGGUACCAAAGUGACUAUCCGAGGCGAGAACCUGGGCCUAGAAUUCCGAGACAUUGCCUCCCAUGUCAAGGUGGCAGGAGUGGAAUGCAGCCCACUAGUGGAUGGAUACAUCCCUGCUGAACAGAUUGUGUGUGAGAUGGGGGAAGCCAAGCCCAGCCAACAUGCCGGUUUUGUGGAGAUCUGUGUGGCGGAGUGCAAGCCUGAAUUCAUGGCCCGCUCUUCCAAGCUCUACUAUUUCAUGACACUGACACUAUCUGACCUAAAGCCCAACCGGGGGCCUGUAUCUGGGGGCACCCAAGUGACCAUCACUGGCACCAACUUGAAUGCUGGCAGCAAUGUGGCCGUGACAUUUGGAAGUCAGCCCUGCCUCUUCUACAGGCGUUCCACUUCCCACAUCAUUUGCAACACUACUUCCUCAGAGGAUGUGAUUGAGAAGUCAAAGGUGCUUGUACGAGUGGACAAGGCCAAAAUCCAUGCAGAUCUCUACUUCCAAUAUGUGGAGGACCCCACCAUCCAGAGAAUUGAGCCUGAGUGGAGCAUUAUCAGUGGAAACACCCCCAUUGUUGUCUGGGGGACGCACCUGGACCUCAUCCAGAACCCGCAGAUCCGAGCCAAGCAUGGCGGGAAGGAACACAUCAAUGUCUGUGAGGUUCAGAAUUCUACUGAGAUGACUUGCCAGGCGCCAGCCCUUGCUGUGGAUCCUGACCACCAAUCUGACCUGACUGAGAGGCCUGAGGAGUUUGGGUUCAUCCUAGACAAUGUCCAGUCCCUGCUGAUCCUUAACAAGACCAACUUCACCUACUAUCCUAAUCCUGUGUUUGAGGCCUUUGGCCCCUCAGGCAUCUUGGAGCUUAAGCCUGGAACACCCAUCAUUCUGAAGGGUAAGAAUUUGAUACCACCGGUGGCUGGGGGUAACAUGAAACUGAACUACACAGUAUUGGUCGGAGAGAAGCCAUGCACCGUGACAGUGUCAGACGUCCAGCUGCUCUGUGAAUCUCCCAAUCUUAUUGGACGGCAUAAAGUGAUGGCCCGUGUAGGGGGCAUGGAGUACUCCCCUGGAAUGGUGUACAUCUCUCCAGAUAGCCCUCUCAGCUUGCCUGCCAUUGUCAGUAUUGCUGUGGCUGGUGGACUCCUCAUCAUCUUCAUCGUGGCCGUGCUUAUUGCAUACAAGCGCAAGUCCCGUGAGAGUGACCUCACUCUGAAGAGGCUUCAGAUGCAAAUGGACAACCUAGAGUCCCGUGUGGCAUUGGAGUGCAAAGAAGCUUUUGCUGAGCUACAGACAGACAUCCAUGAACUGACAAGUGAUCUGGAUGGAGCUGGAAUCCCCUUCUUGGACUAUCGGACGUACACCAUGCGAGUGUUAUUUCCUGGCAUAGAAGAUCACCCUGUUCUCCGGGACCUAGAGGUACCAGGCUACCGGCAAGAGCGUGUGGAGAAGGGCUUGAAACUCUUUGCACAGCUCAUUAACAACAAAGUGUUUCUGCUGUCCUUCAUCCGCACCCUGGAGUCCCAGCGAAGCUUCUCCAUGAGGGACCGGGGCAAUGUGGCCUCCCUCAUCAUGACGGUGCUGCAGAGCAAGCUGGAGUAUGCUACAGAUGUGCUAAAGCAACUGUUGGCUGAUCUCAUUGACAAGAACCUGGAGAGCAAAAACCACCCCAAACUACUUCUCAGAAGGACAGAGUCAGUGGCUGAGAAGAUGCUAACAAAUUGGUUCACUUUCCUUCUCUACAAGUUCCUGAAGGAAUGUGCUGGGGAACCCCUCUUCUCCUUAUUCUGUGCCAUCAAGCAGCAGAUGGAGAAGGGUCCCAUCGAUGCCAUCACUGGGGAAGCCCGAUACUCCCUGAGUGAGGACAAGCUUAUCAGACAGCAGAUUGACUACAAGACCCUGGUGUUGAGCUGUGUCAAUCCAGACAAUGUCAACAGCCCUGAGAUCCCAGUGAAGAUUCUCAACUGUGAUACCAUUACCCAGGUCAAAGAGAAGAUCCUGGAUGCCAUCUUCAAGAAUGUGCCCUGUUCUCACAGGCCUAAAGCUGCUGAUAUGGAUCUGGAAUGGCGACAAGGAAGUGGGGCUAGGAUGAUCCUACAAGAUGAAGACAUCACCACCAAGAUUGAAAAUGAUUGGAAGAGACUAAACACAUUGGCCCAUUACCAGGUACCAGAUGGCUCUGUAGUGGCUUUAGUCUCCAAGCAAGUCACAGCCUAUAAUGCAGUGAAUAACUCCACUGUCUCGAGGACAUCAGCAAGCAAAUACGAAAAUAUGAUCCGGUACACGGGGAGCCCCGACAGCCUCCGUUCCCGCACACCCAUGAUCACACCUGACCUGGAGAGUGGGGUCAAGAUGUGGCACCUCGUGAAGAAUCAUGAGCACGGGGAUCAAAAGGAGGGCGACCGGGGGAGCAAGAUGGUGUCUGAAAUCUACCUAACCCGGCUACUGGCCACCAAGGGAACUCUGCAGAAAUUUGUGGAUGAUCUCUUUGAGACCAUCUUCAGCACUGCUCACAGAGGAUCUGCCCUGCCCCUUGCAAUCAAGUACAUGUUUGAUUUCCUGGAUGAACAGGCAGACAAGCAUGGUAUCCAUGAUCCCCAUGUCAGGCACACUUGGAAGAGCAAUUGCUUGCCUUUGAGGUUCUGGGUCAAUAUGAUCAAGAACCCCCAGUUUGUAUUUGACAUCCACAAGAACAGCAUCACUGAUGCCUGCCUCUCUGUGGUGGCUCAAACCUUCAUGGACUCCUGCUCCACGUCCGAGCACCGCUUGGGCAAGGACUCCCCAUCAAACAAAUUGCUCUAUGCCAAGGACAUCCCCAGCUACAAGAACUGGGUAGAGAGAUAUUACUCAGACAUCGGGAAGAUGCCAGCCAUCAGUGACCAGGACAUGAAUGCCUACUUAGCUGAGCAAUCUCGCAUGCACAUGAAUGAAUUCAACACGAUGAGUGCCCUCUCCGAGAUCUUCUCCUAUGUGGGCAAAUACAGUGAGGAGAUUCUUGGACCUCUGGACCAUGAUGACCAGUGUGGGAAGCAGAAACUAGCCUACAAACUAGAACAAGUCAUAACCCUCAUGAGCAUAGACAGCUGAGAACUGUCCUUCCAGGACUCCCUUGGAGGGGGGACAUACCAAGCCGUGCCUCAGACUAGAUCAUCAUCUUUACCAAGUGCAAGUUCCGACUGGCUGUAAGCAGCAUCACCUGAGCAGCACCUCUCUCUCUCUCCCUUUCUCUCUCUCUCUCUCCCUCUCUCCCUUCUUUCUCUCUCUCUCUCUCUCUCUCUCUCUCUCUCUCUCUCUCUCUCUCUCUCUCUCUCUCUCUCUCUCUCUUUCUCUCUCUCUCUCUCUCUCUCUCUCUCUUUCUCUCUCUCUCUCUCUCUCUCUCUCUCUCUCUCUCUCUCUCUCUCUCUCUCUCUCUCUCUCUCUCUCUCUCUCUCUCUUUCUCUCUCUCUCUUUCUCUCCCCCAACCUUCCCCUCAUUUCACUCUGUCUUCCUCUCCCUCCUUUCUUCUCCUUCUUUUGCUCUGCCAACACCCUUGGUGGGAUCAAGCCACCCAAUCUCCAGUCAUGCUGGCAGGACAAGAAGACCAUGGUGUAGGAGCUAACAGGAGGACACUGGAGCUGAGAUCUCUAUUCCAGCUGCGACCCACCCUCAAUAAUCGAUGGAUGAUGAUAUCUCCAGUUGGAGAUGAGUACCCCUGGACAGGGGUCAUCUCUGUGCUGCUGUCACUCACUACCUUUUGUUUCCCCAUAGUUCUUUCUUUGAAUGGACCCACGGCCUAGGGAAUGGACAAAGGAACUCAGUAUUAUGUUAGCUGGGAAGAGAGAGAAAAAGCUUUCAACCAUCACUUCUAACUCUAACCAGUGGUCUCAUCACUCAGAGGCCUUGAGAAGGAAAGCCACCUUCCUGAGUAAAGCCAAGGUCCCUGUCUUACAGGAAGAGACACCCAGACACCUCAUCUCCUCCCUGUCUUUUCAUCACUGAAUUCCCCAACCUGCCCACCCUCUAGUUCCUCUACAGACCAUGCCCCUCUCAUGGUUCAUAUCCCCCUGGAGAAAUUCAAUCAGAAAAAAAAUGAUGCAAUGGAAAGAGACCUGGGUUCAAAUGCUAGCUUUUCUAUUUACUACCUGUGUAUGAUCUUCAGUUUCUUCAUCUGUAAAAUGAAGGAUUUGGACUAGCUGAUCUCUAAUGGUCCCUUCUAGCUUUAAGUCUAUGGUUUUAUGGAAAGCUAUGAUUUGACUCUCAUUAGCACAUAAAUGCUGUGUGUUGGGGAAGAGAAAGGAUGGAGGGGAUGAGAGGGGAAUUGUCCUAUUUUAGAACAAGAUUUCUUAUUUUUCAUCUACCUUCCCUUUCAAAGUAACCACAACCACAUCUCCAGGUCUAAUUCAUUGGCUCAUUUCUGCCUGGGCCUCACACUCAACAAACAGAAAUCACUUGCUGAUCCAGUUACUGUCCUUCUUUCCCCUCUUAUCAGCAUCGCUCAUCAGGGGGUCAUUGUGAAAUAUGGAUUGUGUCUGGGAGAUAUCUAUCCCAAGCUGUUCCCAUAGUUCCCACCAGUGCUAUGCUUCCCUCCAAUUCUAAGAAAGAAAAGGAAUUAUCUACAACCUUCUUCUUCACUCCCUGACCAAUACUCAGCUCAUCCUUCCUCCUGGUUUCAUCAGCAUCCAAGCUGCCUUGUCUGUAACUCUCUCCCUCAUUACCCUCAUGGAUAUCACCUGCAAUUGGUGCUCCUGAUCACAGCCUUAAAAUGGGCAAAGCAGAAUCCUGGCUGGCCUCAAGCCUUCAACUUAUCUUAACAAGGAUGAAUAGUGGAACUGGGCUUGAGGAUGCAGCUGAAGAAGGAGUCACUCUAACUGCCAUCUGGCCAUCCAUUUCAAAUUUUGAUUUAACCUAAUGUUCAAUCCUGGGAAGGCAACGCACACACAUACACACCCUAUGGUGAGAAGGGACUACACUGCAUGGAAGAGCAUAAAACAGGGGCAGAAUUAGGAGAGACCUUAGAAGUCAUCCAAUUCAAUUGCCCACCCAGCAUAGUAAUCUUUAUUGGCAGCUCCAGCCUGAAUUGGUACCCUACUUGAGGAGACAAGGGAGCAGAGAGGAAGAACUAUCCAGGGAAGUGAUGGAGUGGGGUGGAUGGGGGAGGUUGUCCACUGCUUCCAACUUAUACUUCUUAGCAUCAAAUACCUUUCUCUGGUACUCAUAUUUAAUAAAGUCUAGUAAAGAGAGAAGAUGAUAGCUAUAGCAUUUCCCAGAAAAACACAUGGAAUAGCCUUGUGGGGGGAGGGAGUCUGCAAAAAUGUGUGCAUGUGUGGCCAGGAUAGAGCUCAGGGUUUGGAGAGACUUUUCUUUCAUAUAUAUUUUAAGAGACUUUUGUGAGGAUUCACCUCCUAAUAACUCUUCCUGCUCCUUAAGGAUAUUUCAGCACUUGAUAAAUGGGCUGAUUACUGGUAGAUAUAAGGGAGAGGAAAUGAGACAGGCAAUGAGGGAGACAUUUAGUUGCUUGCCAACUUGAGACUAUGAUGGUUGGGGGCAGGGGUGGAGAAGGGAAAUAAUGGCAACAUCCUAUGGGCAGUAGAAAAUUGGACAGUAGAAGAAAGGGCAAACUUGGUAUGUGACAAACAGAAGUGGGAGAAUGUGAAAAGAAUCAUUUUAAGAGAGAGAAAAAAGAAAAACCAAAUGUUUUGGUGAAGGAGAUGCUAGGUGGAGAAACUUCAAUAUUACUUUCUGGUUAGUUACUUCUCCUUUCCUCUCAACAACCCACAAAACCAGGCAGGCUGGACAAAGCAAGCAGGGGACUGGUCAAGGAAGAACCCUAGCCAUUGAAAUUCUUUUGCACACGUGAAGGGGUUAGGGAGGAAAUAUGGGAAAUACAGACAUAUCGAAUGGAAACCGUCCGCGUGGGUGUGAAUGUGUAUGUGUGAAUAGUUUUUAAUUUUUUUUUGCACAGCUAGAAAGAAAAAAAUGAACAGCAGAAAAGAUACUGUUGUCAUGGUUCUGUUAAAAUAUUAUUUUUAAAAGAAACGUUAUUAUUGUUAUUGAUGGUAUUUUGCCGGUACAAGAUUCCUACCCCCACCCCCAUUUUUCUUGUUUGAAAAAUUCCAAACACCUCAGAGAAACAGACAAGUCUUUACAAAAGAAGAGGGAGAAAGAAGACCAUCAUUUCACAACCUCCCUAUUUCUCUUGGGAGAUGGUAUUUUAAUUUAUAAGGAAAGUACUUUUUCAGUUGUUGUAGUAGUCGUUGCUUGCUGACCCUUGGAGCAUCCAGUUCCCCCUUUGUCCAGACCAACCAGGGAUCUGGAAUCAUGGGAAUCUCCCUGACUUGAGUCCAUCUCAAAUUCUUUGUCACUUUUUCUUUCUAUUCCUUUCAUUCUGAUUGGCAGUGCUCACAUGAUACAGCAGGAAAAUAAUGUAAAAGGCUGAGGGAAUGAGAGAAGGAAGGGGAGGGCCCUACUCAAUCGCUGCUGAAAAGUUGGGUCCUCCUCACACCAGGCCAAAGCAUCUAAUGGGUGGAUUGAAAUAACAGCAUUCAGGGUUACAACACUGGGCAAAGAGGAGAAUUAGAUAAAAGAGGGAAUCCUCUCCUCUUGAAUUUUGAGGGGUCUUUUGGGACAGAGGAUGAAAAAUCUCUUCUUUAUCUCAAGGCUAACUCUUGGGGUCAUAAUUGCUAAGGUGGAAACUUUAAUCUUAAAAUUUCUGGUCAGGCAAUAGCUCCUCUUCAAUGGUAAUGUAAUGCACAAGCAUUUAAUUUUUUUGAAGCCUUACCUUUUGUCUUAGAAUUAAUAUUAAGUAUAGGUUCCAAGGCAGAAGGGGUAAGGGAUAGGUAAUUGGGGUUAAAUGACUUGCCCAGGGUCAUUCAGUUAGAAAAUGUCUGAGGUCAGUUUUGAUCUCAGAACCUCCUGUCUCCAGACCUGACUCUCAAUCCACUAAACUGCCCCUAUUAACACACAUUUAAUUAAUAAACAUUGACUAUGUGCCAAGCUUUGUGCUCAGCACUUAGGGAUAUGGUAAAGUUGUAACAAUCCCAGCCCUCAAAAAACUUAUAGAACAGGCAAGUUUGGAUUCUCCACCCCUCCCCCCAGGACUCUCUACUUUGAAGUUCUUCUCCCUGUUAGGUUAGAGUUCUGGGAGCUGAGAGCUUGACCCUCCACUGUCCCCCUGAGAGGUGGACUGUCUACUGUCCCACCUCUGCCCCUUUGGAGGAAUUAGUCUGAUAAUAAUUUGACUACAGAGGGAAAGGUGUAUUCCCAAGGAGGGAAUGAGCACACUACUAGUUGUUUCUUCCCCAGGGCUGAGAGGGUUCCCAGAGCUUGUGCCCACAGAGAUUCCAUCUGUACAUGGCCUCCAUCUGGGAGCAUUGGCAUGGUUUAAAAGAAGCAUGACAUGUAUUCGUCCCUAUGGCAAUGCUACAGGAAAAAGGCUUUCCUCGCUUCUCUUGCCCUCAAAAGUAGUCUUGAGUACAGAGACUUGGCCCAGGACCACAUGGGAAAGGGAUGGCCACUGUACCUGAACACCGGCUGGGAUUAGAAUUAUUCCUUUUAACCCUACAUAGAUUCCACUGAAAGACCCCUCUCUUCCACCUGUAGCUAGGAGCAUAGCUCUGCUUGACCUUUUUGCUCCUAGCCCCCUACAAGAAACAACUUAGAACCAAUGAGUGAGAAGGGACACAGAGGCCUGAACUGAUUAAAAGCCAAAGAGAACAAAGCAAAUACUUUAGAAUGAAUCUCACCUUUUUGAGUAGAAGUUUCCAUCUAGGGUAGUUCACCUAGAGAGGAAAGAGAUGCUGGUUAGACUCCUCAACUGCCUUCCUCCUUGACACUGUCCUUAUAUCUCAAUGCUCUCUUCCUGCAGUCCUGGGCCCCAACCAUCCUCUGUGUGUCCUCUUCCAUGCCCUUCUGUGCCCGUGUAUCUGACCCCAGCUGCAUGUGUGGCUUUCAGGGUGCCUGGCAUCUUCUCGAUUGCCUCUCUUCAUGGUCAUGCAUGCCUUCAAGGUCCCUUACCCUUUUCAGCCCCAUGCAUGUGUGGCAGCCUCUGGCUGGGUGCUUGUUGAAGCUCUAUGAUGCAUGCCCUUGUCUCUGCUUUGCCCACAAACCUUCCUACUCCCUCCAUCAGACUUGACCUUCUCUCCUCUGUCUCUUUGUCUCUCUCUCUCUGUCUCUCCCUCCCUUUCUCUCUCUCUGAGAAGCCUGGAAGUCAGUCCAACCAGGGCUAUGAUCCCAGGAGUUAGAGCAGAAGCAAAACUCUAUCCACAAAUGUGCAAGAUUCUUGCAUUUGAUUUUUGGCCAGAUCUACAAAGUAGGUCUCCAGUUGCUAUUUCCAUAGGAUGCUUUUACAAGCCCCUGUGAGAUACCAGUAUGGGCACAAGAACAAAGAUAUUCCCUGCUCUUGACCUCAAAAAAAAGUUUCUUUGAUCUCUUCAUUGUGGACCUUCUCUUAACUAAUGCAGACCAAAGGGAAACUCAGCUCCCUCAAGCAUCUCUGCCUUGUGUCUGUCCCAAGUUAUUCUCUUCUCUUGUUCCCAAGAAAGAUCCUUCCCAGAGGUCUGAUCCCCAUUAUCCUUAAUCCCAUUCUUUUCUACUCCAAUUGAAAGGUGAGUGAUAACCUCACAACUGAUCUUGAACAAAAUGGUUUAGUUUGGUUUGUUUCUCACAUGUGAUCUGAGGUCAAGGAAGAAAGAAGGACCCUUGAAUGAAGGUCACCAUAAUUAGGUGGAUUAUCAUGUGAUAUCUAUAGAGCUAGGGAUUGUCCUAGGGGCUGGGAUGGAAACCCUUGCUGGGAAUCAUUUUUUAAUAGGCCAAAAUAACAAAUAAAAAUAAAAUUGAAUCAGGAGAAUCCCCAGAGAAUGAAUGGACCCCAUUGACUUUGUAUAGAAUGUAACUUUUGAUUCAAGAGCUCCUCAGUCUUCAACACACCCUUUUUUUCAUACUGUAUAUUGGUUCCAAGACAGAAGAGUAGUAAGGAUUAGACAAUGGGGGUUAAAUGACUUGUCCAGGGUCACAUGACUAGGAAGUGCCUGAGCCCAUAUUUGAACCCAGGACCUCCUGCCUCUAGACCUGGCUUUCAAUUCACAAAACUACCUACCUGCCCCCACAUAGACUUUUCUGUACUCUUCCCACCCUAGUAGAAGAGGUAAGCCUGGGACAUUUAGCAGGCUUAUAGUCAAAAAAGGAAAGAUGAGGCACAGGUGACAGAUGAGAUUAACAAGACACCUGAGAUCAACAGGGGAACCAAUGGUUUUAUUGAAUUAUUAACCAUCAUUGUUAGAAAAACAAUGUGAAGUUUUAGAAAGGCUAGCCUUAGAUUCUGAUUCUUAUCCCUAAUCACCAAGGAAGUCCUUGUUUCCCAGAGCAAUUUUAUGAGAAUCAGACUCUCAGAGUUGGAAACAUCCAGACGUCUUCUAGGCCAAUCUAUGCCUAAGCAAGAUAUAUGCUUUACAUUGUUCUUGACAAAUAGUUAUCCAGCUUCUACUUCUUCCAGUAAUGGGGAACUCACUAACUCCUGAAAUAUCCUAUUCCUCUUUGAAGGAACCUUUAUUUGUCAGGAAGUUUUCCCUUAAAUUGAGCUAAAAUCAACCUCUCUUCAACUUCUACCCAUCGUUCCUAGUUUGCUCUUGAGGCCAUGAAGAAUAAGUCAUCAUGGUGUAAUGGGAAGAAGAAUGAAUUUGGAGCCAAAGCUCCUGGGUUUGAACCCUGACUCUCCUAUUAUGUCACCCUGAACAACCUUGGUAACCUCUGUGGACAUCAGUUUCUUCCUGUGCAAAAUGAAGGGAUUAGACGAUCUCUAAGGUAUAAAGCUGAUGAUAUGAUACCAUUUCCAAAUGAGGGUCUUUCAAAUGCUCAAACAAAGGUCUUGUUUCUUGCUACUCCAGAAUUUCUCUUCUCCAGGGAGGUGACUGACCAAUGAAGACUUUCUUUAAAAAUCAUAUUAGUAAAUAAAGCAAUGGUUUAGUGAGUCUGGCGUGGUGCCAGAGCAACACAGGGAAUAGAAGACCUUCAUUGGAUCACUCUUGUUUUCUGUUCUCCUUUGGACUUUUGUCUCAUCUCUAGGACCAGGCUUUACCUACAGAAAUCUUGCAUCUGCAGAGUAGAUAACCAUGUAGGGAGUAUGAUAAUUAUCCAAAUAGGUUUCUUGUGGUGAUUCCUUCAUUAAGACUGUAAGACACUCUCUGUUGUGGACUGGACAUUCUGGUGGCAGUAGGAAGGGGCACUCUUUAGAAACUGAGUCCUAGAGUCCCUGUUGACCCUAAAUUGAUAGGGAGAGAGAAUUAGUCCCCCUGGCUUCAGCUUAGCAUAACACACCCCUGCCAUAUGCAUCUGCUUCUUUUUCCAGAAUAAGGACGCCUUGGUCAACAUUGGUUGAUGGGCUUUCUCAAAGUUAUUUUGAAGGUGUCUUUACUCCUAGAAGGGCAAAGCAAAGAGUAAAGUUAUUGAACAUGUAAAGGAAACUUAAGAAAAUAAAACAGACUACCUGACCAAAAAUAACAAAGGGAACACAGAAAGCUGCUCACAUUGACAGACCAGUCAGCAGUUCAAUACGCACAGAAACAUAGAUAUAAUAUAUAUUUUUUAUUUUCUCCCUCUGGUUACUGUUGUUAGUCUGUUGGCUUGUUAAAUCUUCCGUUCUUUAGCAAGAAAAGCUAGUUUACCUCAGAGAAUCCGUUUCCAUUUGGAAACCAAUUACUUCAAGUUUUGUAAAAUGGCUGGCAUUGCCCUCCAUCCCCCAUUACGACUAGAGGUUGGGGAAGGAGGGAAGGAUGUGGGAUGUGUGCUUCAUGAACUUGGGACCAGAGAGCCCAGGCGGAUCAUGGGUUCCUCUGGUGGUUAGCAAUGCCAAGUACACUACAGGAUGGGAAUGAAGUGUUGGACUCUAGCCCGCCCUCCCUCUGUUGGGAUUUCAGCUGGACCAGCCCAUCUUUUGACACCAAGUAGAUAAGGCAACCAACGGGCACUCCCAGGCCUUGUCACUGAGUGAAGACUAUCACCAAAUGAGCUGGAAUGUGGGAGAAUCAAGACAAGAUUCUACUAUGAUAGGUUCUCUCAUGGCUCAGUCCCAAGACUGGAGAGGAAAGGGAAGAAAUAAGUACAUGGCAUGGAUUAGGGGCAGGCAAAUGAGUGGUUUAAGGAACAACCUGGGGCCUCUGCAAUACAUGCUGUGGGACUCACAGAGAAUAGUUCAUCUCUGUCCCAAUCAUCUCCCAGCCCCAAUUUCUGUUUCAAUACAACUUCCACCUUAAACACUGACCCUUUGUAAAAACAUAUCCUUAGACAACAGUGUUAUCAUGAGCCUCAAAGACACGUGAAUGAAAUCUGUUAGAAAGGAGGUUUUGGUUUUGGUUUUUAAAUUUAAAAAAAAACUAUCCUAGUGAGAUAAAAUGAUAAAAAAUAAAUUUUAAAAAAAGUAAACCUAUGCUAUUUAAAUUGGAGCCCAGUUGUUACUUGGUAAAGGUAAGCUUCUGUACCUUUGUUAUAAUUAAUUGUAUACCUGUGUAUGUAAAUAUAAGGCAUUCCUAUUUUGCAGUCCAGAACAAAAAAAAACCUAUUUGUAAUAUAGAAUAAAGUUUAUUAAAAAAAUAAUUAAAAUUGU